AAAGAUCAAUGUUCUUUAUCGAUGAUGAUGACACCAAGAACAUAAUGAGCCUCGACAUUACCAAUGCCUGACGUCAAAACCGAAUCUUUGAUUCCAAACGGUUCAGAAAGAUCCUUCUUUGAUAAGGACGUGGAAUUUGUGGGAGUGGAAGCACAAGUGACAGAGAAAGGCAUGGAGCAAGCGAUGAAGAUGAACAAGGAGAUGGCUGAGGACCUAAAGACUGAGGAAUGAAAGAGUUCAACGAUAACAAUUACUGGAAAGUGGAUCAUGAAGUUGGAGUUUAGAGUCAGCAUCUUGUACAGUGUGAUUUUGUAUGAGCGUAAUGAAACAAAACUUGGUUUUAGUUGAAAUUUCUUGUAGGUGAGUCUCUCGUCUCUGUGAAAAAAGCUUUUGUUUUCUAAUCUUUCUCUGUUAUCAUUAAGUUUCUGUUGUUGUCAGCUAGAG